AUGGCAAAGCAAACAUUCAUCUACUGUUCCCUAUUAGCCAUCGUCAUCUUCUGGGCUCCCUUUUCUUCAGCUCAGAAGAAAACCCUAACCGUUGAGCUAAUCCACCGUGACUCUCCUCGUUCUCCCCUCUACAACCCUCUCCACACUGUCUCCGACCGUCUCAACGCCGCUUUCCUCCACUCAAUCUCCCGUUCCCGCUAUUUCUCAACAAAAACCGAUAUCCAAUCUGGUUUAAUCGGAAACAGCGGCGACUACUACAUGACCAUCUCAAUCGGUACUCCAGCGACUAAAGUCCUUGCCGUCGUCGACACAGGAAGCGAUCUGACUUGGAUCCAAUGCAAACCGUGCCAGCAGUGUUACAAACAAAACGGUCCAAUCUUCGACAAGAGCCAGUCUUCGACAUACAAAACCGAAUCAUGCAAUUCUACAGCUUGCCACGGGUUAUCCAAAGACAACAAAGGAUGCGACGAAUCGAGAAACAUAUGCAAAUACCAAUACUAUUAUGGAGACAAUUCGUUUUCCAAAGGAGAAGUUGCAACCGAAACAUUAACCAUUGAUUCUUCCUCUGCCUCCCAUGUUUCUUUUCCUAGUACAGUCAUUGGUUGCGGUUACAAUAACGUUGGUACGUUCACAGAAACCGGAUCUGGAAUCGUCGGCCUCGGAGGCGGUCCGUUAUCUUUAAUUUCGCAGGUCGGCUCUUCAAUAGGAAAGAAAUUUUCGUAUUGCUUGUCACACACGUCAUCUACAUCAAAUGAAACAAGCUUCCUAAACCUAGGAACUAACUCGAUACCUUCUAUCCCAAGAAAUGGUUCCGUUGUGCUCACUACGCCGUUAGUCACAAAAGCCCCAAACACUUACUAUUACGUUACUCUCGAAGCAAUCACCAUUGGCAACACUAAGCUUCCGUACACAGGAGGAGGAGGAUACGGUUUAUACGAUGUUGGGGAAUCAAAGACAACAAUCCCUGGGAACAUCAUAAUUGAUUCUGGAACUACAUUUACGUUUCUUGAAUCCGGAUUUUAUGGUCGUGUUGUUGCAGCGGUGGAAAAAUCGGUGAUCAGAGGUAAGCGCGUAAGUGAUCCACAAGGGCUUUUACCUCACUGUUUCGAAGACAAAGCGAUCAGUUUGCCGGAGAUAACAAUGCAUUUCACGGGAGCUGACGUGAAGCUGAGCCGGAUCAAUGCAUUCUUAAAAAUGAGUGAAGAUACGGUGUGCUUGAGUAUGCUUCCGGAAACUGGGAUCUCUAUCUACGGGAAUUUGAUUCAGUUGGGUUUUCUUGUCGGGUAUGACUUGGAGGCGAAAACGGUGUCAUUUCAGCACUUCGAUUGCGCUAGUCAUUUGUGA